AGAUCAAGUACUCGUAAAACGUGCAUUUACGCGACCGCUUGAACAACGAAUCAGUGCAACAAUGAAGUACCUCGAUGUACUGGGCUAUGUGUACGUAGCGAUCGUGUACAUCCUGACGCUCACGACUGAACGAUGCAGCUCCGAGAUGACUAAGGUCUUAAACAAUUCAAACACGACUAAAGACAUAGUGCCUGAGAUCGUGAACCGCAACGAGGAUAAUGAGGAUUUUGUGCCCUAUCGAGGAGAGUCUUUCAGCACUUUUGACUGGAUGUUGUUUAGAACUAUGAGCAAAAAACAUCCCGGGAAUCUCGUUUUAUCUCCGAUAUCUUUGAAAAUCGCUUUGGUGCUGUUAUACGAAGGAGCGCAAGGUGAAUCCGAGUACGAGCUUGCCAGCACGAUGCAGUUACCAGUUACUCGGCCAGCUACAAGAGACAGAUUCACCACUAUUUUACGAUCGCUUCAGACCCGUUCACCAGCAUACACUUUGAAUAUUGGAACUCGAAUUUACAUCGACUCGAACAUAUUAGUUAGACAACUAUAUCAGGCGAUCGUGAAACAGUUUUAUGCUACCGACGUGAUCACGACGAAUUUAUCCGAGACGCGUCCGCUCAUCGAAAACAUUAAUGGCUGGGUCAGUAACAUCACCGAUGGCAAUAUCGAUAAAAUGAUAGAGAACGAAAGCGGUGUUAAGGAUUCCUUGAUGAUAAUCACGAAUGCGGUAUUCUUCAAAGGAUCAUGGCGCCGAAAAUACUUUUCACCGAAAAAUACCCAAACAGGGUCCUUUUACACAAAUUUGAAUCGGACAGUUCAAGUUCCGUUUAUGCAAACCACUGACCGCUUCUACUUUUCCGAAUCUACCGAACUGGAUGCAAAAAUUCUACGGAUACCUUACGACGGAGACAAGUUCGCCAUGUACUUUAUAUUGCCGCGAACUCGAACCGGAAUCGAACAACUCGCCAACGAAAUUAAUCCGUCCGUGUUGAUGCGACACGGAUGGCAGUUGGAGGAACUGGAGGUGGACGUUAGCAUUCCGAAAUUUAAAUUCGAGUAUUCCAGCCACAUGGAAUCCGUGCUUCGCGAGCUUGGUAUUCGUGAUAUUUUCGACGAUACGGCCACUCUGACGCGUAUAGCCUUCACCAAACGUACUUCGAGGCGUUUAAAGGUAUCGGACAUCUUACAAAAAGUUGGAAUAGAGGUAAACGAAAAUGGAACUAUGGCAUAUGCGGCCACCGAGGUGCAUCUCGGAAAUAAAAUACAGGAUAAAACAUUCUACGCGACUCAUCCGUUCUUAUUUUACAUCGAAGACGAAUUAACAGGAACGAUUCUAUACAUGGGUAAAAUAACGAAUCCCAUCGACACGUCCGAAAAUCAGAUUAACGAAGGACCAGACUUAGGGUCGAAAUCUGAAACGGGAAUACCAAACGCAGACUCCGGUUUGCAAGUUGGUUUGAAUGCCGAUGAUCGGGAUAAUCUCUUCAGUACACACUUUUCACAGACCUUAAACAACGAUCACAAUGGAAAUUUAAUAUCGUCGCCCGCAAGUGUUAAAGCGGCUUUGACGUUACUAGCCGAAGCAGCGAACGGGGAUACUAAAACCGAACUUAUGUCGGUUUUGAGAUUGCCUGAUCAUGAAUCCCGUGUAAGGGAAGUAACGCAACGUGCUUUGACAUCUUUGAAGAGAAACGAUAACGGUACGGAAAUUGAUCUAUCGAUCUGCCUCUGGACAGAUAAGAAUUUGAAUAUAUUAGAUCGUUAUGAACAAGUUUUACGAUUGUAUUACAAAGCAAUUAUAAAAAGCGUGAACUUCGUGGAUUCGAAAAAUACCGCACGCGUCAUAAACGACUGGGUUCGCCAAGCAGCGCGCGACCAAAUUUCUUCACCUUUGGUAACUCACAUCCGACCCGAUACGCGUUUAUUGUUGACUUCGGUAAUAUACUUUAAAGGAAGCUGGUUGAAGGCCUUUGACAAGGCAAAAACGAGACUAGAAUGUUUCUACGUUCUGAACGGUGAAUGCAGAAAUACUUCUUUCAUGACACACACGUCAACGUACCGAUACGCGUACAUACCCGCGAUAGAGGCGGAAAUUUUAGACAUUCCAUACUCGAAUGGCAGAACUUCUAUGCUAACAAUAAUACCAAGUAAAAGGGAAAGAGAUCCGUACCUGCGAAUAUUGUCCAGAGAUUUGGCUACCGUUCCUGUUUCCGCGAUAAUAGCCAGUUUAAAGGAAACACGCAUUACCAUUCAUCUUCCGAAAUUUAGUAUCGAAAACAGUCUUGAUCUAGUACCUACGCUACAACAUUUGGGUAUCGAAAGUAUAUUUAGAGAUACCACCAACUUAACAGAAGUCAUAUCCAGAAGUGCUGCUCUACAAGUAACAAGUAUAUUACAAAAUGUUAGAAUAAAAGUUGAUGAAGACGGAACAUUAGCUGCAGCUGAUACAGAAAUUGGGUUUGUACCCCUUUCAUCAUGGGAUAACGACAUCAAGUUGGACAGACCAUUUUUGUUUUUGAUAGUUGAUUCUGUAACGAACACAAUGUUAUUUUCUGGUCGUUUUAUGGAACCGUUUUAA